AAGCUAAGUUAGCAGCGGUUAUUUGAGCUAGCAAGUGCAGUUGUAGGAUAAAAUAACAGUCACUACUCUGUAUCACCACAUCAGUACAUAUAUGACGAGAUAACAGCCAACUAAUCGCUGUAUUAGGAAUAUAAGGAUUAAUUAGAUUACUUCUGUUGAUAUACAAUGGUUAUUGCUAACCGCACCUAGCUUGCUAGCUAACGUCAAGAUUAGUAAAAAGGCAAUUUAUAAUAUCCAUACAUUACAUUUGUAAAGUCAGCAACAAGUCACUGCAGACGCUGUGCAGUGGUCUGGCUCCUGGCGGUGAACGCUUUUCUAGCGUGUGUUUAAUAUUUUCAUCUCCCGUGCGGUGGAGAUAAUGCACCACGUAAAGAUCAAGACUGAGAGGCCAGAUGUGGAGGUAAUUGGUGCUCGAAGCAGAUUGGAUGCAGUGUUAAAGGGACUUGUUGAGAAGAGUGACAAUGAAAGGGAGCAAAAUGAUGGUGACACUGGGAAAAAUUCAGCGGACUCCCUUAACAAGGAUCUGUCUCCAUCAUCUGCUGGAAAAAGGCAAGUACCUUCAGCUCGAUUUCCACAGCACAGGAGGAAGAAGCGAAAAGAGAUGGACGAGGGCAUACCAGAGAGCAAUCAGCAUAAACAAAAUGCUUACAUUAUCAAGUUGUUUGAUCGCAGUGUGGAUCUGGCUCAGUUCCACACCAGCACCCCAUUGUAUCCUAUCUGUCGUGCCUGGAUGAGAAACAAUCCCUCUGUUCGAGAGCCAGCUCCUUCCCCCAGUCCCCCCCACAGCAUGGUAGAGGAAGAGGUCACAGACAUGAUCAAUGGUAAAGAUCAGAUUGUGUACAGACUCCCUCCUCCAGCCCCCUGUCCAAUCAGCUCUUCUGGCGAAGCUGUCAAUCUUAGGAUCCCACAGACGGAAAAGCCCACUGCUACCAAGGUUCUGUAUAAUUCUUCUGAUUCUGUUUCUGUAUCGGACUCUCUCUUAUGUGACCACAUGGAACGCUGGAAAAAGAUAAGGCACAAAUGGAAGGAGUGCUCUACCAAGAACCAGUUGAGAUACAGUGAGAGUAUCAAGAUCCUUAAGGAGAUGAAAGACCUGUAUGAUCACUAAUCAGCCUACGUGUAGUGCUUCACCACAGAAUGGACUCAAUGCAACUGCAAUGGAGCCAUAAUAAAAGACUGUGUCUGAACACACCUGCCACCGACCCUGAACAUUCUGCCUUGUAGGAAAGCAUUAACUAAUCCUGGAGACCUAAAUGGACUUUAUGCAAUGCAGAAUUCUUUUGAUGGAUGUUAUUUCAUUCUUGCACUAUUGCUUGUGCAAGAAUGAAGUUUGUCAUUAUCAUCCUUCUCAUAUGUCUGAAUAAAUUAACUUGCUCAUUAGUAGUGGUUUUGAACAAAAAUGAAAAGACUCAUUAAAGUCCAUUAUGGUUU